CCUCCGCCGCCGCCCGGCCUCGGCCCCCGCGCUCCGCCGCCGGCCGCGGCCGCUACGCCAGCCCGGGGAUCGGGAGGAGCCCGCAGGCCGCGGCCCCCGGGACCGAGCCGGGCUGACAGAGGCCGCCCCACCCCCGCCGGGCCCGGCCUGCAGUUGAAUUUGGUGCUGUGGUUGUGACCAGGAGGCUGAGCAAGAAGUGAACCUGGGCCUGAAAUGGAGAGGUGCUGAUCAGAACACAACUAGGUUCAUAACAGAAAGGCAAGAGACAUGAUAAGCAGAAGGUGGAUCAGAUUAUGUUUCAGAGUUGUUCCUUGGAGUGUGUUCCUCACCUUCCCCAAUGUGAGCGCGUUGGGUCAACACGGACAAGGGCCUCCUGUUGUCUUCAAGACACUCUUGCUUCUGGUUUCCAUUUAGUUUAUCCAAAAAACCUUGAGACAGGAUCUAAUGCAAAGCACUCCCUGCUGCUGAUACCUAGAGAGUGAGCUGGAUUCCCCACCCCCCGUUCAGGACCAGCUGCUGGGAAUCGGUAUCUUCUGAAUUGAUCCCCUCGACCGAGAAGCUGAAGCUGUGUCUGCUAAAACCCCAUUUCUUUUUCCCAAGCAUGUCAGAAAGCUGGCAGCAGCAGCAACAACAGCAGCAGCAACCACAACAGCAACAACAUCACGCCGGGACAGCAGCUCUCACAGAGCACUCGAUCCCUUCGAGCACAGCUGAGAACCCUUUGGGUUGCGCUGUCUACGGCAUCCUGCUCCAACCAGACCCCAAUCCGCAGCAUCACCAGCCCCCCCCGAUCCAGGCUGGAGAGCCGUCCCACAAAUGCGGCGUGUGUGGCCACGACCUCACUCACCUGUCCAACCCACAUGAGCACCAGUGUCUGCCAGGGCAUGACCGCUCCUUCCAGUGCACUCAGUGCCUGAAGAUCUUCCACCAGGCCACUGACCUGCUUGAGCACCAGUGCAUCCAGGUGGAACAGAAGCCCUUCGUGUGUGGGGUCUGCAAGAUGGGCUUCUCUCUGCUGACCUCCCUAGCCCAGCACCACAACGUCCAUAACGGCAGCGCCAUGAAGUGCUCCAUCUGUGAGAAGACCUACAAGCCGCCUGAGGCGGAGCACUCCCAGGCCCUCGACUCGUUGGAGAAGCCCUACACCUGCUCCAUUUGCCAGAAGACCUUCAAGCACCUGUCGGAGCUCUCGCGGCACGAGCGCAUCCACACCGGCGAGAAACCUUACAAGUGCACCCUGUGCGACAAGAGCUUCAGUCAGUCGUCGCACCUGGUGCACCACAAGCGGACGCACAGCUCGGAGCGGCCGUACAAGUGCACGGUGUGUGAGAAGACCUUCAAGCACCGCUCGCACCUGGUGCGCCACAUGUACGCCCACUCGGGCGAGCACCUCUUCAAGUGCAGCGUCUGCGAGCUGCACUUCAAGGAGUCGUCGGAGCUGCUGCACCACCAGUGCACGCCCAGCGGGGAGCGCCCCUUCCGCUGCAGCGAGUGCCACAAGUCCUUCAAGCGCCCCUCGGACCUGCGGCAGCACGAGCGCACGCACAGCGAGGAGCGCCCCUUCAAGUGCGACCUGUGCCAGAUGAGCUUCAAGCAGCAGUACGCGCUCAUGCGCCACCGCCGCACCCACAAGGUGGAGGAGCCCUUCAAGUGCAACCUGUGCGAGAAGGGCUUCGUGCAGCCCUCGCACCUGGUCUAUCACCAACAUGUGCACGGCAUAGAGAACCUGUUCAAGUGCAACGUGUGCCAGAAGGGCUUCAAUCAGUCCUCAGAGCUGCUGCGGCACAAGUGCGUGCAGAAUGCCGAGCGGCCCUUCAAGUGCACCGUGUGCAACAAGUCCUACAAGAGGUCCUCGGCCCUGCAGAAACACCAGCUGUCGCACUGCGCCGAGAAGCCGCUCAAGUGCACGCUGUGCGAGCGACGCUUCUUCUCCUCCUCGGAGUUCGUGCAGCACCGCUGCGACCCGGUGCGUGAGAAACCUCUCAAGUGCCCCGACUGCGAGAAGCGGUUCAAAUACGCCUCCGACCUGCAGCGGCACCGGCGCGUGCACACGGGCGAGAAGCCUUACAAGUGCCCGUCGUGCGAGAAGGCCUUCAAGCAGCGUGAGCACCUCAACAAGCACCACAGCGUGCACGCCCGGGAGCAGCAGUACAAGUGCAUGUGGUGUGGGGAGAGGUUCCUGGACUUGGGCUUGCUGCAGGAACACAGUGUCCAGCACACUGCCGAGGGGGCGUACCAGGUGGCGGCCUGUUUGCCGUGAGGCUCCUUGGCAGGCUUCAGCGUGCAUGCAAACCUUCUCAACCGCCCUCUUCCCUUCCCUGAUCAUACAGGAUCGAUACCCGUACCUAGGUGGGGCAGCGGGAGAUGGGCUGCCGGCCUGGUUGAUAGUGCUCUGGUCGCUUUGUUCUAUUCCACCUGUAUUAGUGUCUUAUGAUCUGACGGACAAUGUGUGACGAGUCCCGGGGGGUGGAGGAGAAGGGAAGCAAAUAGUGAAAGCAAAUCAAAUACCUGCUUGUCCUCUUCUGGAUUGUAGUUCACACUGCACCUGCAGUUCAGAGGGACGUGAGUUUGCAGGUCUCUGCUCAGCUGCCCCCGGGGACUGUAGCCCUUUACACACUCCCCCUAGUAACGAGGUUCCCUGAGAGAGCCGGCUGACUGUCCCUGUCCUUCAGAGAGGCUCAGGAACAAUCCAGACCCAGGCAUGACUUUCUCCCCAGGCCUCGCUGCUCUGCAGUGAACCAGCAGGCUUCCAUUUUGGGAGCCUUCCUGCUUGUUAGUCCCAGUACAGUUAAGUUGCUCAAAGGCAGUUUUGAGUCAGUAGCACUGGUUGACCAAAUGGUCCUUGGAGCUCCCCAGACGUACUUCUCAACAGUGAGCAGAAGGGAACAGCAUCAGGACUGCUGUGCUCCAAAUGUACUAAGUCCGUUGCUGCUUUUCUUUGCUGGCUGUAGAAGUCCGCAAAGGAUCCUUUCCCUCUCACCUGACCGCCAGGAACUCUGGUGCAGUCUAAGGGUUACGUGAGUGCUGCAUGGUAUUUGGAGAAGUUCGCUAGGUCAAGCCUCUAGAUCGCCAGUAGUCCUGGCUAUAAUUGGCUGAGAACCUUAAGUUUGCAGCUGCUCACCUGGGGAGAGUCUCUGAAUUUUCUAAGAGUUCAGCUGGCUUGAGGCGUAGCUCUGCUCUCGAGUCUUAAAACUGCUGCCAACACAAGCCCUUCUCUCGUAGGGCUACUCAGUGCUGCCCUUGGACGGGGCAUACAAUCCCAGCCUCAGGGGCCUCUGUGCUGAAAUAAAGAGAGGUCUCUGGGUGGGAUCAGCAGUAAAACACUAAAGGGUGGGGGAAACACUACUGUUAAAAUACAACUUGGAAAAAAAACAAAACAGCAAAAGAGAAGUUUGUUUAGAAAUGAAUUUGAGGAUUUGGGAUUGUAAUUGGGAGGUAGGAGCCUGUAACCCAGGUUCAAAAAUUCUGUGGCAUUAAAUUGUGAUCUUACGGGGCAUGGCCUCUUCAUUCUGCUCAGACAGUGAGUAGGGGAGAAUUAAUUCUCUCUUGUGUAAUUGGCUGCUUGGGACGGGCUGGUUAGCAGAGGGUCAGGGAUGAAUGUUUUCCUUUCUGGGAGUCCCUGUGGACCCCUCUCGUUGGUCCCAUAUCCGACCUGUAUCCUUCAUGGGAAUUGCAUCUUUAUAUUGCAACUAGGAACCAUUUAAAAAAAAUCACCAUAAGCUGUUUUCCCAUUUGACAGGGCAGAUCCAGCCCCCAAAGCUGUCGUCUACAGAAUAUUGUUGGCUUCUCAUGACCAAGGGUUUUUCAGCUAAAGUUUGGCACUUCCUAGGCCAGAGGAGUGCCUGCUGCAUUACCCAAAAUCCUUUCCUUGCCACCAGCCUGGCUGGCUAGUGUUUGAAUUGGGGGUACACUGGUUGCAACUAGUGAGAACAGGAUGUUGGUCAGACUACCUGCAUGCUGCCCAAAUGGAUAGGGUCACAAAAGCAGUUCCAUUGUGGGUGACAGACACCCACGUUAACCCUGUAAAAGGUUAAGUCAUGGCUGUUUUCUCUCAAAGGAUCCCCCACUCCAUGUCCAUGUCCAGCACCAUAAAGAGGACCAGAGCUUAUUUCCACAGGGGGCUGGAAAAGUUGAAUGAACAGGUCCCAGCAGGGCUGAGUUUUCCUCACAAGCAGCUUUAAGGCGUUUAAAUGAACCUCUGGCACCUGAGGAGUGAGGACUCAGUCAGUGCUCUUUGUAUUUCACGCUGCCUCAAAGAUGUAGAACCGACUUCUACCAAGUUUUCUGUCUGCGUUUAUUUUCCAUUUUGCUUUUUUAAAAAAGCAGUUUGUUAAUAUUCAUUAAAAGAAAUCCUGUAUAGUUUAAUUUGAUGUCAUUUUGGAUCUUUAAAAAGAGAGAUUCAGUUCUAGGUAGCUGGUUUUUUAUGUUAAUAUAUAGAGUUCAGUGUAUCCUUAACUAUAGGAGUAAAACUGAAACAAAAACAAGAAAAGCUAAUCUUGUUCAGGUUGUCUUUAUAAGUGGGUAAGAUUGGGGGAGUCAGAUGUGGCGUUGGAGAGGACAUCGCUAAUGGAAGUUGAAAUUCAGGAUAUGGGGGGAGAACUGAGGAACCAGAUUGUUCAACAUGCAAUAUAUUUGGCUAUAGAGACUAUUUUUGUUCCAGCCGCAGAUCAUUUUACGUUUUGCACUAAUGCCUUUGGGACAUCCAUUGGGAACCACCAACGCUGGUGAAUUUGCUCAUAAGGUGAUAAACACAUUUAAAAUUAAAGAUCAAGAAUGGCUCCCAGUGUCCUCCCUCGUUUUGUUUUGACGGCCAGAAACAUUGAUAGUUCAGAACCUACAGGUAAAUGUUCUGCAGUAAACUGCGCCGCCAAGACUGGGUAACAGACCUUGCUGGUAGUGCUCUGCCAGGUACUGUAUUCAGCUUGGCUGUGGAGAGACCAGAAAGUGGAUUAAUGAGGUUCUGCUGUAGAUAAACAGCAAACAAUCGAUUUAUUGUGGGUGGCAAAUACCACACCCGCCUCGAGAGAUAAGACGGAUGCUGUAGAGGCGGAUCUGAAUGUAUAGUAGGCAGCAGUGAUGUGGCACCUACAGUCUCCUAACCCCUUUCAAGUAGAGAGAUAAAUUAUUGGCCAGAUAUACAUGCUCCUGUUGCAGCUGUGCAAUACUACUUUUAUUCCCCUCUUCCUCUCCUCCAACUCUGGUUUCUGUCCCACCCGCUUCAGAGCACCAGCUAGCUCUGGAUGCAAAGGAUCUGUUCUCAGCUCAGUACCUCUCCCUGGUUUUUGUAACCAAUUUAGGAGCUUGUGAAUCCAGGCUAAACCUCAUUGCGUUCCCCACUGGCUCUGGUGCGCUCUCAUGCUGGCUGCUCCAGCCGAGAAAACAAUGAGCUGCUGAACCGUUCGGAGCGGGAGCAGGUAGCUAGGCAGCACAGCGCGGAGCUGGUACCCUGGCUGCUCUGUGCUGGAGUGGGCAGCUGACCUCGGCAGUGGCAGAAGACAGCAGUUCUGUCUUUCCUGCUGUGUGAGUUGUUUCUAGGGUAGUCCCCAAAAUGGGGAUGGUUGGUGAUGAACUGGAAGGGGAUGGAGAGGAUGUUUGUAUUGCAUAGUUGAGAGAUCUGGUCCUUUUCUGAGACGGGAAUGCGUAAUUACACACUUAAGGGAUGGAGGAUGCUGAUGUACAACUGGAGUCACCAGAGGGUCUUCAUUUGUAAAGUAAAUAGCUGGUAAUUCACAGCCGAGGCCUGCCCCUGAUGCCAGUGUUACAGGAGGGUUAGGUUUGUGCAGCAGUGGGUGGGCAGACCCUUUGCAUGGGGGCUGCUCAUUUCUACCCACUGUAAGGCACCUUCAUGCUGCCAGAGCACCAUAAAAGGGUCUUAGUGUAACGGAAUCAGGCCCAAGAUCCGUUGAAUCUAUGUCCAGUCCGUGGAAAUGCAGUUCAUAGCUGCAACCCUGCCAGCUAGAGACAUGCAUUUCUCAGGCCUGUACGCACCCAGGGCUGUUACCCAGCUCUUGGGUAGUGCAGACGCAUCCCAGGAGCCCUAAUAGAUGGUCAAUGUUGAGGUGACCGUACUGCGGGAAAGGAUCCGGGGGUUAUAGCAGAUCACAAAUUGACCGAGUCAGCAAUGUGAUGCAGCUGCGAAAAAGGCUGAUCUCAUUCCGGGGUGCACAUGUCAGACACAGGAGGUAACUGUCCCCAUUCUACUCGGCACUGGAGUACUGUGCCCAGGUCUGGGGGCCAGACUUUAGGGAAGACGUGUACAAUUGGAGAGAGUCCGGGGCGGCAACACAAAUGAUGAACUGUUCAGAAAACCUGACCUAUGAAGAAAGGUUAAAAAAAAACUAGGCAUGUUUAGUCUUGAAGGACUGAGGGGGGAAGUGUUGAGGGCUGCUAUAAAGAGGAUGGUGGCCAGUUGUUCUCCAUGUCCACUGAAGGUAGGGCAAGAAGUAAUGGGCUUGAUCUGCAGCAAGGGAGAUUUUAGGUUAGCUGUUAGGAAAAACUUUCCAACUAUAAGGGAACGUAAGCUCUGGAAUAGGCUUCCAAGGGAGGGUGUGGGUGCUCCUAAGAAGAGGUUGGACAAAUAGCUGUCUGGUAUGGCCUAGGUUUACUUGCUGCUACCUCUGCCCAGGGGGCUGGAUUAGAUGACCUCUUGAGGUCCCUUCCAGCCCUUCACUUCUGUGAUUCUGUGUGUGGCUUCAGGACUAUAGUUGGCUUGUUCUGUUUGGUAACAGUGCAGUCCAGUUCCACUUAAAAAAGCUGAUGUCCUAUCAGCUGAUGACAGCAUCUGUUGCAGGAGCAGAUUACUAGUCAGGUGUAUGUGGCCAUACCUGUGAUCGGAAGUGUUAAAAUGCUGUUCCUGGGACGAGGGCAGGGUGGGGACAAGUUAUGUGGUAGAACUGGUGCUAUAGCCCUCGAUUUUUAUUAGGUAAAGAAAAUUGUGUAACUACAAGCUGUUCCCUUAAAGCUGUUUAGCUUGGGGAGAAGAGCUGCUUUACAUAGCUGUGCCUUUCAGAGUCGGGUGUUUUUUAAACUGGAGUAAGUGGUAGAAAUAGUAGAACAUCCUCUUGCAAGAGAACCUCCUUGGUUCUGCCUCUGGGGGGGCUCGUGCAGCUGAUACAAUGGCUGCCUUUCCAAAGCGGGUUAUGGCGACACCAUCCUACGGGGCGGAAGGGCUCAUCUGCUAUUGACUGUGUUCAGUUGACAUUUUACUUUCAAACCAAAGAGCAAAUGUGGCCAAAGCCUCUAUGGGGUAAAAUGUGUUAAACUCUGUAUCUGUGUUGCACUUCCUUUCUCCUCCGUUCUGAUGUUUACAGAGAGAGACGGCUGGGGUAUCCAUAGCCCCACCCCCUGGUUUCAAAAGAUACUCCUCCGUCUGCUCAUGGUACCUAGCAGUCCCGGCCAGCUUUAUCUCAGUCCUGAUGAAAUAUUAUUCAACGACGAGUUUAGCUGCCCUGAGUGCGGGAAGCCAGGCACAAUAGCUGCAAGAUGUUAUUGGCUAGAUGGGGGUCCGUCUUGUGUGUGGCGGUUUCUCUAGCGUGAAGCCCUAGAAGAUCAGAAGAAUAGGAAUGAAAAGACGGAACUUUUGGAAACUCUACAAAGAUGGGAUGGGGCGGGGCGGGGGGUACCUACAUUGUACCUCUGCAGCCAGGCAACUGGCUUGCAGUCAAUGCGUUCAGUUCUUCAUAGCUGUGUUUGCCUCCAGCAAGGAGAGAUUCCUUCUUAUCCAUCUUUCUGUCCUCCUCCCUUUUCCUGUUUCCCUUCCUUCAACGUAGCCACAGGAUGCCUUGACAUCUUUUUGUUUUCUCCCUCCCCGUGUCUCUUGUGCGCUCUUCAGCAGCCUUUGGGGAUUAUCCUUUUAUAACCACCUCUGGGUUUCUUUGCACCUCUUAUGUUGGCUUUGCUCUUUGUAAAGGAUGGUACAUUUUUUCCCUUUUGCCAUUUUGAUUAUUUUUCUACUAUGGAUUUCUUUGAAAUAAAUACCUUUCGGAGACCAGUGGUAGUUCUCAUUUACUUCAAGACCUCUAAUGGUGGGGAUUUUAAAGGACCCUGAUGGGUAAGGUGCCCAGUUCCAUUGAAUUCCAGUGGGAUUUGAGCAACUAACUCGAUUGCAGUCUACAGAGCCAUUGUAGAGCCUGAGUGGCACAGCCAAAGCUAGGAAAGGAUUUGCGCAGCCACAUUCCUUGUUCUUUUUUAGGGUCAGUUCCGUCCUGGGCACGUCAAUUCAGCCUUACAUGCGGGGGUGUUUGCAACAAAGUGUGGGGAAAGCGUGUCCCAAUGCUCCUGUGUAGGAAACUGAGGUUGCGGCACCAAAAGGAGACUGGUCAGCAUAGGUGUAAAACAGGCGCCUGCCUGAGGCUAUGUCUACACGACGGGGGAUCGAUGCUCUGGUGAUGGAUGCACUGGGGGUUGAUUUAGUGGGUCUAGUGAAGACCUGCUAAAUCGACGGCAGAGCGGUCUCCGGUUGAUCCCGGUACUCCACCAGGGAUGAGGGUAGUAAGGUAAGUCAAUGGGAGACUGUCUCCCAUCGACCCAGCGCGGCAUAGACACCACAGUAAGCAGCCCUAAGCUACGUCGACUGCAGCUACAUUAUUCACAUCACUGGAGUUGUGCAACUUAGGUCAGUUUACCGCGGUAGUGUAGACAUAGCCUGAUGAGUUGCAGUUUCUCCAGUAAAUUAUGUCCAUUGACACUGUGAAGGCAAAUCUUGAUAGUAACUUAGUGGAGGGCCCUAAAGGGUUCACGGGGUAGGAAUGGUGAGUUAGCAGUGUAUCAUGAUGCACACGGACGCUGUGCAUAUGGAAUUUAAAAAACUUCAAUCUCUGCUUAAAUGGUUGUUCCUACUACUGCCUAUGGGGCUGUCACACUGUAGCUCUCAAAGUGGCUUCACCAUGAGGGGUACAACCUAUUUUGUACCUGUGCCCUGGGUACAGCUGUCUGAUCUUGGUCCCAUAUUCAGUGAUUGUUUAGGGGCGUGAUGCAGAGCGAGGGUGUCCCUCUCAGAGCUGGGUGUUGAUGUGUGCUCAGCGUUGGUUUGCCAUGCGGCUCCUGGAGAAGUUGGUGCUGAUGAAAGUGAACAGUAAUGGGAAAACCUGGAGGAUGGAUGAGCCCAAAGCGGCCUGUGACAAUGGGUUGGCAUAGUCUCCUGGCUCUCCGCUGAAAUAACUUGCCUGUGUGAUGUUUUUGAGGAGGAGAAGAGCACUUUUUUAUUUCCUUCGGGCAUUACAGUCAACCCAGGACUACAACUGGUAACUGGGUGUUAACUAAUGAAGCAAAAACCUUAACCUUGAAUGUUAACUAUUCUUGAUCAAGCUGUGAGACGCUGAGUUAACUCUCAGGAAGAUUUCUGUUCCUGUGUACACAGACAUCCCAUAGAAAUGGACAGGCAAGUAUGAAUUUUGGGCUACCACUCCAUCUUGGGUUCUGGCAACUUGAGUCUCUCUUGUGAUUUGGGAUCCAUUUUGUUCCUCCGUGGCAUGUUCCCUGCUGGCCAUCUUAAAGACAUUCAGGAGCUGAGCCUCCCGACAUCCCUAGACCUCUGAGAGCGAAUCCCUUUGCCAGAACCCCAAGGUGGAAUUCUAACCCCUCACUCCAGGUGCUUGUCUCUAAAGUUUUAUAUGAUCCAUGGAUCUGAUUUCUUUUCAGGGGCAGUUCUUCGUUGCAGUGGAGCCGGGUCAGUAGCAGAGGGCUUUUGGCCCACCCACAGUCUCUGAUGGGGUGAGGUUAUAGGUGGAUCCGCGUAACCUAUGGUUGUGACUCCAUGCCUGUGAAUUAGCAGGGCUGUGUGAGAUUGUACUCGUGAGCGAUGAGGCUUCUGUGUGGCUUGCAGUGCCUUUAACACUGCUCUCCGUGUGUUUAUAAGACUGUAUCCCAUACGUGUGUGUGUGUGUAUAAAUAUAUUGUAUUAACCUGUCCGGCUCUCCUGUGUG